AUGUCACCUCUGGCUCUGCAGGUUAAGAAGGCAUACAGGCAGAAGGCCCUGACAUGUCACCCAGACAAGAACCCGGACAAACCCCGAGCAGCGGAAGUUUUCCACCAGCUGUCCCAGGCCUUGGCCGUGCUGACAGAUGCAGCAGCCAGGGCGGCGUAUGACAAGGUGAGGAGGGCCAAGCAUCAGGCUGCAGAGAGGACACGGAGGCUGGAUGAGAAGAGGAAGAAAGUAAAGCUUGAUCUUGAAGCCAGAGAACGAGAAGCCCAGGCUCAUGAGAGUGAAGAGGAGGAGAUCAAGAUAACAAGAUCACUAGAACAAGAAAUCAUUCGCCUGCGAGAGGAAGGCUCCCGCCAGCUGGAGGAGCAGCAGAGACUCAUUCAAGAGCAGAUCCGGCUUGAAAGGGAGCAGCAUCUCCAAGGCAAUCAUACAAGAAAUGGGGCAGAAGGCAGAAUAACUCCCAAACUCAAGCUGAAAUGGAAAUGCAGGAAGGAAGAUGAGACCAGAGGGGGAUACUCAGAAGAUGUUCUGUUGAGGAUCCUACAAAAGUAUGGAGAGGUGCUCAAUUUGAUCAUCUCCAGCAGGAAGACUGGGAGUGCAGUCGUGGAAUUUGCGACGGUGAAGGCUGCUGAGAUGGCUGUGAAGAAUGAAGUUGGCCUGAUCAAUAAUCCUCUGAAGAUUUCCUGGCUGGAGGGCAAGCCCCAGCAUAGUCCCAGCACUGUCCCUUCUGAUAGCACUGGUCAGCCCAGGACUUCACAGGGGUCAGUGGUCUCGGAGCGGGACUACGAGAGCCUGGUGAUGAUGCGGCUGCGACAGGCAGCAGAGAGGCAGCAGCUGAUCCAGCAGCUCCAGCAGGAGGAUGAGGAAGAGUCUCACACCUAG